UCACGAGUAGAGCGCGUGCCUGACUGCAUAGCUAGGACGCAGGUUCCCUGUGAGAUUAUAACUGUGUGAAUAAUAAUGCCCGUGCGUUCUAUUCGGGGAAAGCUGGCACGCAUGCGUGUAUUCUUCUAUUUGGUAGCCACAGUAGUGAUGCUCGGGUAUUGGGGCCUCACACUAAGGGUCGCAACCGUGUGGGCACGAGCGGGGGAAGGAGGAGGAGGACCCCCAUGGUCAACGUUCGACUCUGAUGCUGCUGCAAUGAGAUUCGAUGUGCUGCCGGACGUGAGACGCGCGAGUUUCGCUUCGUCCUCCUUGUCCUCGUCGUCAUCGUCUUUCUUCUCUGCAUCACCACUAUGGAGAGGAGAACUGCAGAGAUCACUCUCUGGUGAUCUAAGCGACCAUCAGAAGGGACAGACUGCAGAGCUCACGACGACGACGAGUAGUUCAGUGUCGGAAUCUGGAGGACGGGGUGUUGAAGUUCAAGCAGAUGGGCGAAGCUCAGAGAGCAGGUUGGGGAGGAGGGAUAGAGAAGGGGACGACACUGCGGCUGGUUGGUCUGCCGAAGAAGGCCGUGCCUAUGGCGACGAUCACACGGAUGGCCAGGGUGAUGUGAUCGACGAAGAAAAGCGCUACUUGCGCUCGACGGGAGGAGAAGAGAGCGGGUCCCGGGAAGAAAGUGGUAGAGACCAGAGAGGGAGUAGGAUCAUUGCAGAUGGGGAGGGGCGUGAAGGAGGUGUUUCGGGAGACGAUCUCUCUGUUCAUUCAGCUGCUGCUGCUACUGCUGCUGCUCUGGAAGGUGAAGUCGAGGAGGAGGACGUUCCUAAGGAGAUUAGAUGGCCGGAUGAUGGGGUGAAGGAUUACUACACGUUGAUUCGGGGCGUUGUGCAGAUGCUCCAUAACCGGAGCCUGAGGAAAGAGACACACUUCGUUCUGACGCAAGAAAAUAUGUUUGACGUCAAGCUAAAUAAGCCGGUGAGCUCCCCUGACUUGCUGCCCCGCAAGGACUUGGAGGAAGACACCUUCAAUACCUGCGCGUUUGUGGGGAACUCCGGCAUGCUGCUCGCGUCGGAGUACGGCAAGGCGAUUGAUCGGCACGACGUGGUGAUGCGAGUCAAUCAAGCGCCAACUCGCAGGUAUUACCGCCACGUGGGCAAGAAGACCACCUACAGGUUGCUGAACAAGAAGUGGGUGUCGCUGUACAUCUCCACAUCGUACGGCAAGGAGCUGCUGCUGCCGGUGGAAGCCUUCAACACUACGAUCAUUGCCAGCAGAGUAGGGGUGGAGCAGUUCGAACGGCUAGCAAGAGUUGUGCGGAGAGAGAGGCCCGACAUGCAUGUCAGUUUGCUGCUGUCCAAAGUGGUCGGCGAAGCCAGACAACUGCUGUCUUUCUUCAGAAGCGGCAUGAACAUGUUGGGACUGAGGAACUAUACGGGGGGGAUGGUGCCGAGCAGCGGUUUCUUAGGAGUAUACGUGCUUCUUCGCGUCUGUAAACACGUGUCAGUGUACGGCAUUUCCUCAGAACCGAGUCGGAAGCAGGACAGGCAGUCCUGGCCGUACCAUUAUUUCACAAGGUACAUAGACUCCAUGGAGCUGCGAGCGCACCCGCAUCACACGUUCGAUUUGGAGGGCGAUCUUGUGCAGAGAAUAGCAGAGAACGUGCCCAAAAGAGUGCGGGUUUGCAGGGCCCCUCCCUUAUCUGGUGUAGGACUUGAUUCUGGUCAUCCACGUGGCAAUAAGGGGAGGUUCCAGCCCUUCAGGAGAGACGAUCUCCUCCAGGCGUUCGUCGCCGCCACGCAACAUGAUAGGACAUCGUCGUCGUCCUCCGUCAAAGGAGAGCCUCUCACAUGGGAGGAGUAUCUUAAGACGCCAACCGAUUGCGGUUUUGCUCAAAUAACCACUGCCUGACAUUUUGGACCUAACAUUGGCCUCUUCAAGCAUCCUUGAAGCG